GGUCUAUGUAUGCCGAACGCGGAGGUACCACCCGGCGAAUCUCCAGGGCGGGGCCAGAAUGUGUGCAUGUUGCAUGCACACAAAUUUUCAUCGCUGGAGUCUGUGUGGCGUCCCCACCUUUCCGCUGUAUCUCCCUACAGCAUCACGUGAUGAUUCAAGAAAAAAUUCCUUGAGCCAAUACAUAUUCCGAACAAUUCCGUCGUUUGUUGGGACAAGCGGAUUUAAUUUCUGUAUAUUUAAAUGAUUUAGUUGCUAAAUGUGG